AUGUUCCAUGGGUCCCAACAGCCAAAUGAGGUAAAGGACAACCAUCGACGAGCGAUCUCAUUCAUCCGGGAAGCCGCCACGAGCGGUGCAGAUCUGGCGGUUCUUCCAGAAUAUCACUUAGCCGACUUUUUCCCCAGUCAUGAUCCGGCAAUUAGACAGCAGUGCGCCAGCUGGAAGAUCUAUCUAGAUGCGUAUUGCGACCUAGCCAAAGAAUGCAAUAUUUGCAUCGUACCUGGCUCUUUUGGAGAAUUGCACGACGACAAUACACUCGUCAAUGCCACCUAUUUCAUCGACAACAAUGGAGAGAUAAAAGGAAAAUAUGAAAAGAAAAAUCUCUGGCAUCCGGAGCGACCAUUUGUCAAGAGCUCUAAAAAUGAGAGUCGUCAUGUUGCAUUCGACACCCCUUUGGGCAAGGUCGGGUUGCUUAUUUGCUGGGAUCUGGCCUUCCCCGAAGCAUUCCGAGAGCUUAUCAUGCAGGGUGCAAAGAUAAUCAUUGUACCUGCUUUCUGGAAAUACAGUGACGCAUCGGAGGUUGGGUUGAAGCACAAUCCAAAGUCGGAGGGUGCCUUCUUAGACGCAGCUGUUGUAAGUCGCGCGUUCGAGAACACUUGCGCUGUUUUGUUUUGCAAUGUUGCCGGGCCGGCAAGUGAGGGAUUUGCUGGGCUCUCUCAAGUCGCAAUGCCAUUUCUUGGUUGUGUGGAUAAAUUUGACAGCAGCGACGAGGGGAUGAGAAUCAUUUCUCUUGAUAUGAAUAUAUUAGAGGAAGCCGAGGUUGCCUACAAGAUUCGGGAAGAUAUGGCCACUCCAGAUUGGCAUUAUGGCUACCGGCAAUAG